AUUCUUAGUGCCUGGACUUAUUACUGCACAGGACCACAUCUGUUUUCCCAACGUUUCAUCGUCCAGUCACAUUGCGAAAGUCUGCACCUUCAUUCCAAACUGCGGAAUAUGCCACAGCGACAGACACGUGAGACGGCGCUUCAUAUUGAUUGGGCAGAGCGAGAUGCUAGGGAAUUCAGCAAGACGGGAAAAAAGCACGGCGAGGAGCUGAGACCUCUCAAAGAACAGAGCCUCCGAACGUGACUAACAGAUGUACUGAAGUAUGCGGUCAAAACACCGUUGGAAUCGGCAGAUCCUGUGCAAAAAUAUGUUUGGCUGACGUCUAUGACCCGAGCGCGCCUCAUGUAAGGAUCAGAACCUACGUUAUCAUAGACGACCAAGGCAAUCACUCCCUGGCUAGAGACAAACUUUUCGACCAGCUAAACACAUUCAAGGUUCAACCACUGCGUACACCCUCAAGACUUGUUUGAGCGUUAAACAGAGUCUAGCGAGACGUGCGCACCGACUGAUAAUAGAAGCCUUAAUUAGACAAGCGAGUUAGGUAUCAGUUGCCAACGCUCACAGAAUGCAAAGAGAUCCCAAACAACCGAGAAGAAAAUCCCACACCAGAGGAUGCACGAGCACACACGCACCUAUUUCAGAUAGCAAACAAGAUUCUCACACUUGAUAAAGAAGCUGAGGUGUUACUGCUUGUCGGGAGAGAAAUUCCCCCACUGCACAAGGUCCAUGAGUCACGCAGCGGACCCAGAAACGCGUCUUGGGGCCAGUUUUUGGACUUAGGUUGGGUAUUACUUGGAAAUAUUAGGGAACUUAAGCACCAGACGUUCUUGGUACCACGGACGCCAACCGGAAGUAUUUUUGCAGCAUGGCAGCCACUGCGCAUGUCAACACCUUCUUGGGCUGCAGUCACGGACUUCAAAACGAGAGUUCUCUGGUUGAAACCAGAGGUUCAGAAACGUGAGUAUGAACACAGUUAAAAUUGUCAACAUUUGAUGUCCAAUAUAACAGUUUUCAAUCCUUGUAUGUUCUUUUGUUAUGUUAGAACUUUAAAAGCGUAGUAGAAUCUUUGAAAGACAUUAUCAACUGAAUUAUGCUGUCGGCAUUCGUGAUGGUUUCACGUUGGCUUGCUUAAUGAUUUGCAUUUGGCGCGUAAACCGCGUCCUCGAUCCAGUUCUGCGCGGCCAGCCAUGCCGUUCGUGAAUCAAGAGCGUCUGGUGCUUAAGUUCCCUAGUUGCCUUGGUGGCGCCCACAAACCGGUAAAAAUCUCCACUUUCAAGACCCAAGGCCUCUACAACGGUCGACCCUCACAGUUCAUUCCCUGUCCAAACCGCUUCUAUAUUAAGCACGAUACCGCUCCGACACCCUGGGCGAGCAAGAGGAAAACACAUCCCCCAUAGGCAGCCUCCGCAGGAAAAUCUUACCAGGUAGGUACCAACUUUGUUGGUACCUGCCUCACUUCGGCUUAUAUUACCCUAAAAAGAAGGACAAAAUACGUGUAGUCUUCGAUGCAGCUGCCGAAUCUAACGGGAUGUCUCUUAACAAGCUGUUAUUGUCUGGUCCUGACCUCACUAACAACCUUCUUGGGGUGCUGUUACGUUUUUGUAAGGAUCCAGUCGCUCUGGUAGCCGACAUUGAGCAAAUGUUCACUCUUUCAAGGAGGAAUACAGAGACUUUCUACGGUUUCUGUGAUACAAGGAUAAAGACCCAAACAGCAUGAUAACGGAGUACAGAAUGAAAGUCGACUUGCACCACGGCAGUAGCUAACUACACCCUACGUCAGACUUUUGAGUUGAUAUAGGAGAAGCCAAGUUCGGUUCAGACGCAAAGUCGUUCGUAAACAAUUCUUUUACGCAGACGAUGGCCUCCAUUCCGUUCCGAAUUCAACCACGGCGAUAGAUUUGCUAUGUCGCAUUCAAGCCACUGCAAACCUUCGCCAUCCCAAAAUUGCCCCAAGUCACGCUGAAGUAAUGAAAGCCUUCCCACCUGACGAUCAUGCAAGUCGCCUCAACAACCUAGACUUCAACAAACGCCCAGUUCCCAUGCAGCAAUCAUUAGGAGUGUACAGGGACUUAAAGUCUGAUUCUUUCAGCUUCUAAGUGAUGCUAGAGGAAAACCAGUUACACGACAAGGAGUUGUGUCGGUUACCAACAGCCUCUCUGAUCCCUGGGCCUUGCAGCACCAGUCAUCAUUAAAGGAAAACACUUACUCAGAUCACUGAGUACGGAAUUUAGCGCCUCGCACCCGAAUGCCUGGGACUACCCUCUACUUGCAAAACCGGAGGCUGAAUGGAAAGAAUACUUAGUGUCAUUCUCUUCGAGCUCUAGAAGUUAUCAAGUUUCACCGGUCUUACGGUAAAGAGGCGUGAAAAUGUUCCGCUCGCAUGGAAAUGCAUACAUUCUGCGAUGACUCCGAAAUGGCAAGCAGCGCAGUAUCAUACCUAAGAAUUGUCAACAACACCAGCGAGGUUCAAGUAACAUUUGGGCUCGGAAAAGCCAAGUUGACAGCAGCCCAUGCCACAACAAUACCUCGCUUAGAGCUUUGGGCAGCCGUUCUGGGGGUUGAGAUGACUGAGCUUGUCCACAAAGAACUCGAACAGAAACCGGAGUCGGUGACCUACUACUCGGACAGCAAAUUCAUACUGGGUUACAUCAAAAAUGAAUCCCGUCGAUUCUAUGUAUAUGUUAGCAACCGCGUGGAUCGCAUUCGUAGGUCGUCAGCUCCACAUCAAUGGAAGUACGUUGCCGUACCAAUCUGAACUGUGCAGAUCUAGCUACACGAUCAAUAGCAGCAAGUAGAGAGAGCACGCGCGAGGCACACCGGACGGGUCCAAAGUUUCUGUACAACAGCCCUUCAACUACAGCCAGACUAUAGCUCCGCAUCAAAACGAACUGGUUUAUAAAUUCAGUUGCAGUCACGGCUGCAGAUCUCUCUGUUUCGGGAGUUAUUCCCAAAAUGUUCGUAUACGAUGCUAAAUUAGGUUCCAGUGGGGAUAUUUAG